UAUUAAUGCUAAUAAUAAUCAUUUCUGCAGAGGACAACCAGCCCUACCAGUCGAUACCGUGCAACGACCAUAAGAUCACCAGCGCUGCGUGGGGGCCUCUGGGAGAGUACGUCAUCGCAGGACAUGAGAACGGAGAGUUCAACCAGUUCAGCGCCAAGGAUGGAGAGAUCCUGAAGAAGGCCAAGGAGCACACCAAGCAGAUCAACGACCUCCAGACGUCAUUGGACCUCACCAUGUUCAUCAGCGCCUCCAAGGACAACACCGCCAAGCUGUUUGACUCCGCUACUAUGGAUCACAUCAAGACCUUUAGGACGGAGAGACCCGUCAACUCUGCUGCCAUCUCCCCCAUCAUGGAUCACGUGGUGAUGGGAGGUGGACAGGAGGCCAUGGAGGUCACCACGACCUCCACCAGGAUCGGAAAGUUUGAGGCCAGGUUCUUCCAUGCUUGCUAUGAAGAGGAGUUCGGCAGAGUCAAGGGUCAUUUCGGACCCAUUAACUGUGUGGCGUUCCACCCUGAUGGAAAGAGGUGAGA